AUGCAAACACCGAGGCUCAUUACAACCCAUGAAUGCAUUGGAACAGUAUCACAUCCACCACGAACAUCAGUGUGCGCGGUACUCAAUAAAUCAAAUGACAAAUUGGCUACGAAGGAGAAUACCACCACAUGUAAACAGUGUAAUCAAUCAUUUUCAGCACGUAGUCAAUUGUUUCAACAUUUGUACAAAAACAAACAUUUUAUACCCUGUCCAAUACCAGUACCAUUGGAAGUUUACUCCAAAGUUGAAAUGAUGGCGGAUCAUCUUCCAAACCGCCCUGAUCGUGACAAGCUGUUGAAUAUAUUACGUAAACACGCACAAUUGUUUGAUAACACAACACAUACUACCAUCAAAACAACAGUCAAACACACUAUUGAUCUUGUUGAAGGAGCACGGCCACAACAAGCUAAACUUCAUCGAAAAUCACCAGCGGAUAAUAACACGAUCGAUCAACAAACCAAUGAACUGUUGCAAAAACAUAUAGCUCGACCAUCUAAUUCGCCAUGGGCUGCUCCUGUUGUGUUAGUCAAGAAAAAAGACGGAACACCUCGAUUUUGCAUCGAUUACCGGCUGCUGAAUAUGCAUACAAAAAAAGAUUCGUAUCCAUUGCCAAACAUACGUGACAUGUUUGAUCACUUGAACGGAGCCAAAUACUAUUCCAAACUCGAUCUCAAAUCGGGAUACCAUCAGAUACCUAUAGCGGAAGAAGAUAAGCCCAAAACGGCAUUUCGAACAUCAAGAGGUCUAUUUGAAUUCAAUGUUAUGCCACAAGGCAUCAAAAAUGGACCACCAACAUUCCAGAGAAUUAUUGACAACACUUUAGGUCAACUUCGUUGGGAUUGUUGUAUGGCAUACAUAGACGAUAUCAUUGUUUAUUCGGAAACAUUCGAUGAUCACAUCAAGCAUCUAGAUCAAGUUUGUUCAGCGUUGUCCAAAGCAAAUUUUCGGCUGAAUACUGAUAAGUGUGACAUAUGCAAAAAAGGAAUUAAAUUCUUGGGGCAUCAAAUCACCGACGAUGGAAUCCUUCCAUUGGAAGAAAAAGUUUCAGCAAUCAGAAAAAUACCAACACCAAAAAAUGCUAAGGCGGCCGUAUCGUUCGUUAAAGCAGCAGAAUACUAUAGAAACCAUAUCAAGGGUUUUUCUGAAUUGGCUGCGUCACUACAUAAAUUUGCAAAAUAUGGUAGAAAUCAUAAGUUUAAAUGGGGAGCAAAAGAAGAAGAGGAUUUUCAAAAAAUCAAGGAUGCUUUAACAAGCUGUCAAGUACUACAUUGUCCUCAACCACAUUUGCCGUUUAGAAUCCAGACAGAUGCAUCGAAUAUCGGUAUCGGUGGUGUGCUUAUGCAAGUUCAUCCAGACGGGAAUCGAACUAUUGCCUACAUGUCAAAAACACUGAAGCCGUCAGAAAGAAAAUGGACCACAACCGAACGUGAAUGUUUAGCAAUAGUGGAAGCCAUCAAGUUGUGGGAUCCAUAUAUUGCUGGUACGGAGUUUCAAGUAUAUACCGACCACCAUUCAUUGUGUUGGCUCACAAAACAAUCGCAAAAUAAUCCACGACUUGACCGAUGGCGAUUGGCAUUACAACAUUAUAUGUUCACAAUUCAUUAUUUGCCGGGAAAAUCUAAUUGUAUGCCUGACUGCUUAUCAAGAUUUCCCCAAGACGAUAUAGAGAUGGUCAACAUAGCUACUCAAACGGAAAAUAUAAUUGGUUGUGUUGGAGUAGUUACGCGAUCAAUGGCAAAAGCAAACGCGCAAAAUCAACAAGUAAUCAGUACGAACGAUCAACCUGGUCCAAUAAACGGACAAGCCAUGAUCGCAACACCAUUAUUAUUGGAUCAGAAUCAGCAUGACCCAAAAAUAUCAACAAAUUCAAAUACUAUCCUUGUAUUCGACAAUGAACAAUUGAAACAAUAUCAGCAAGAAGAUAGUGCAAUACGACGAAUUUUCAAGAACAUUGAUAAACCAAGUUAUAGUCGGUCAUACUCCAUUAAUGUUGCUGGACUUGUAUGUAAAUUAAAGAAACGUGGUAAUCUAGCAGCUCAACCUGUUCCGGUACUGCCUAAAAGUCGAAUUCAAGAUGUAUUAUUGGUAUAUCAUAAUUCGGCAUAUAACGGUGCACAUUUAGGAGUGGAUCGUACAUAUAACAAGAUACGAACUCGAUAUUAUUGGCCGAAUAUGUACAAAGAUAUCCAACGCCAUAUUCAGCGAUGUACAAAUUGUACCAUCAAUAAAUGUAGAAGAAAAAAACCUGAUGGACACUUGCAACCCAUACAAGCUCCACAUGGAGUUUGGGAGAAAAUAUCAAUUGAUUUUGUAGGUGAUAUUAAACCACAAUCCCAAACCGGUAAUAAAUACAUUGUUGUUGCAAUUGAUUUAUUUUCUAAGUUUGCCAUAGCCAAGCCAACGCGAGAUAAUACCGCAAUGACAGCAGCGAAAUUUGUAGUAGAGGAUAUCAUUUUGAAAUAUGGUGCUCCAAUUGAGAUUAUAUCUGAUAAUGGCACUCAUUUUACUGCACAACUGUUUCAAGAUGUCGUUAAAUUGUGUGGAGUCUGCCAUAUCCGCUCAACGCCGUAUCAUCCACAGACUAAUGGCAACGUCGAACGGUUGAAUGCCACACUCAAGGACACAAUUGCUGCAUUAUCCAAUGCCAAACGAACAGAUUGGGAUCAACAAGUAUCUAAAGUGAUAGCAGCAUACAAUUCAACCACUCAUGCAACUACGAAAAUAACACCAUUCGAAUUAAUGCAUGGUCGACCCUGUCGACUUCUAUUCGAUUUAUCUGAACCAUUAACAUCAGUCGUUCAACCACAAGAAUACCUUCACAAAUUACACCAAUAUUUAGUACAAGCGAAGCAGAUGGUUCGAGAUAAUAUCCAACAUCAACAACAUCAAAUGAAAAUGCGAUAUGACCAGAAUCGACGGAAUCCAAAAUACAAUAUCGGUGAUUGGGUUUAUAUCUGGAAUCGUGGAAUAAAUCAAAAAUUUUCACCGAAGUACAUCGGACCAUAUCAGAUAAUACGCAACAAUGGGAAUUUAACAUAUCAAAUUCAACAUCCCCAUACAUCCACCAUUUCACCAGCUCAUGUUUCCUGGAUGCGGCCACUAUAA